UUUUUUUAUAACAGUUUUUUUUGUUAAAAAAUAAAACAGAGAAAUAUAAUGGCAUUUGAAUCUCGUGGAGGUCGUGGAGCUGCUCGUGGUGGACGUGGAGGCAAUCGUGGUGGAUUUGGUGGUGAUCGUGGUGGCCGUGGUGGCCGUGGCGGCUUUAGAGGUGGCCGUGGAGGUUCUAGAGGUGGCGCUCGUGGCGGUGCCCGUGGUGGUGCUAGAGGUGGUGCUCGUGGUGGUAGAGGAGGCGCUAGAGGCGGCCGUGGAGGUGCCAAGGGAGGUGCCAAGGUUAUCAUUGAACCUCAUAGACAUGCAGGCAUCUUUGUUGCCCGUGGUAAGGAAGAUCUUUUGGUAACUAAGAAUUUAGUUCCUGGUGAAGCUGUCUAUGGUGAGAAACGUAUUUCUGUAGAUGGUCCUGAAGGAACAAAGAUUGAAUAUCGUGUUUGGAAUCCUUUCAGAUCUAAAUUGGCUGCUGCAGUAUUGGGUGGUGUAGAUCAUAUUCAUAUUGCACCUGGUAAAAAGGUCCUUUAUCUUGGUGCUGCUUCUGGUACCUCAGUUUCUCAUGUAGCCGAUGUCGUUGGUCCUGAAGGUGCUGUCUAUGCUGUUGAAUUCUCUCAUCGUCCUGGUCGUGACUUGAUUAACAUGGCCAAGAAGCGUACUAAUGUUGUCCCUAUCAUUGAAGAUGCUCGUCAUCCUCAAAAAUAUCGUAUGUUGGUUCCCAUGGUAGAUGUUAUUUUUGCUGAUGUUGCUCAACCUGAUCAAGCACGUAUUAUUGCUUUAAAUGCUCAUCAUUUCCUUAAGAAUGAAGGACAUAUUGUUAUUUCUAUCAAGGCUUCUUGUAUUGACUCAACUGUUGAUGCAGCUACUGUCUUUGCUCGUGAAGUCAAGAAGCUUCAAGAAGAAAGAAUUAAGCCACAAGAACAACUUACUCUUGAACCCUAUGAAAGAGAUCAUGCUGUAGUUGUAGGAAAAUAUGUGAGACAUCAAUAAUAGAUUUGUAGCAGCAGAAAACCUUUUUCCCUUUUCUUUUUAAUUUUUUUUUUUUUAUAUUCAUAUAUCAUAUAUCGCUUUUCUUUCUAUUGUAAAUAAAUAAUCUAGUAUUGCACAAUAAAUCUUGUAUAUUAUUGUCAAGCAAUCAUAUUCUCUUGGAACACAUGUUGAAUAAAUUAAAAUAAAUGGUAAUGAAUAAAAGUAAAUUAAAUGUUGAAAA